ACCAGGAAGCCAGCAGUGACAUCAUUUUCCAGAAUUCCCCUUCAGCACGAAGAACAGUAAGAGCGACGAAGAGAGAGAAAAACAGAAAAAUAAAGGAGUUUGCUGCUGUCUGAGAUCCCGAAGUGUUUCAUCUGAUUUUACAACCAAGACAUUUAAGGAUGUCCCUGUAUCCAUCCCUCGAGGACCUCAAGGUCGACAAGGUUAUCAAGGCACAGGCCCAGUUUGCUCAGACUGCCACCCCCAUGCCAGCCAUCACUGAGGGAACCUACCAGCCUCAGCCUGCCACUGCUGGGAUGCCAGAAUCAAGCUUGUACCCGAACCUCGAGGAGCUGGGAGACUACAUGGGUCUGGCCCUCAACAGUGAUGAAGUCCAGAGGAACCUGGCCUUGUUGCCUGUGGCUGACAAUCAAGUGGCAGUGCCCUUCAGCUCAGGCUUCGGGGGGAUGGUGCGGCCUGUGACGGGGGCGGACGUCGGUAUCAGGAGGGCAGAGAUCCGCCCAGGGCUGCGGGAGAUCAUCCUCUGUAAGGACCAGGACAGGAAGGUGGGACUCCGGCUCAGAGCCAUCGACAACGGAGUGUUUGUCCAGCUGGUGCAGGCUAACUCCCCCGCGGCCUUGGCCGGGCUGCGUUUUGGGGACCAGGUCCUUCAGAUCAACGGGCAGAACUGUGCUGGCUGGAGCGUAGACAAGGCCCACAAGGCCCUGAAGGCUGCGGCCGAGACCCGCAUUGAGCUUGUGGUCAGGGACAGGCCAUUCCAGCGCACCAUCACCAUGCACAAAGACAGCUCCGGCCACGUGGGCUUCAUCUAUAAGUCUGGUAAAAUCACCUCCCUGGUCAAGGAUGGCUCGGCUGCCCGCAACGGCCUGCUGACCGAGCAUUUCAUCUGCGAAAUCAAUGGACAAAACAUUAUUGGACUCAAGGAUUCUCAGAUCAAGGACAUUCUCUGCACCUCUCCGGCCGCCAUGACCAUCACCAUCAUGCCCAAGUUCAUCUACGAACACAUGAUCAAGAGGAUGUCGAGCGGUCUCCUGCGGUCAGCCAUGGAUCACUCUGUCCCAGAGGUGUGAAGACCAGGAGGACUGCAAACUGUCAGGAUGUAUUCAAUACAGAGAUAUCGCUCUCUCUUUUCCUCACUCAUAUCUUUCUCUUUCUCUCUUCUUCAUACCAAACCACCUCCUGCAUCACAAUCAUCAUCGUCGCCAUUUCUUAUCUUUUAACAUAAUCUUAAAAAUGCCUUUUUUUUUUUAUAUUCUUCAGUUCUUCUAGUCUUUGCCCUGCUACAUUUCCCUCACUUCUGUUGACAUGUCUAGUACUUUUUAUAUGUUAACCUUGUAGUCUAAGUAUUACAUGUUUAUGUUCUUGUUUUGUAUUUGAGAUCAAGGACAGUACAAAAAGUAUAUAUAUAUUUUUUAAGCCAUUCACACUAUCAUGAGCCCAGAGCUUCCUCCUCAUUGUGGAAAUGAAUCAUUGGCGCGUGACGUUUCAUCUUGUCAAAAUGCUGUAAAGACCAAUGUUCAGUCAUCAGAGCCCUGCCAUGUAGAUUACUGCUGUGCUCCCAGUCCCUGCACUUAGCCCCCAAUGUGUGUACGUUAUUAAUCUGAGCUGGAUUAACACCUGGGGCCUCAUGUGGAAAACGUUCCAGACUUCUAGAUUCCAGUUGAAUAUUUACUUGGCCAGUGAAACAAAAAGGUUUUUUGAAAGAUGUUGUUUUUAGUUCAUACCAUAUAUUGGUAAAAAAUAAAUAAAUAAUAAUUCAAACAUAUAAAUUAAAGUUAAGACUCAGCAGGUUCCCGCUUAUCCAAGAGAUGACAAGGUAUCAUUGUACCACAUUUCCUGUCUCUGCAGGAACAUGUCACGAUGAGGCUCUGAUGUGUUGAAUCAGUAGGUACUGGGAACACUGCACAUUUCGGAGAAAAAGUGUAGAGAAAGGAGCAGCAGUAGAUGUUUGUUGCCUAAUGCAACUGGGACGUAGCCCUGUCCACAAACACUAUUAGAGCUAUGAGACGGUGAAAGGCACAAGUAAGCAAGAUCCCCCUGCAGCGAUGUGAUGAGCGAGCUGGAGGUCAGCUGGAAGGGGUUGGCUGGAUAACCGUCUUGCGUGUCAAGCUAUAAGUUUCGAGGUAAUUGUUGGUGUUGGUCUGGACAGGGUCUGUGCUGGGCAGACCCACUAAGUGCACUUUCCACUACCUUUUAAAAGGUUGUCUUUCCUGUAUUCAUUUCAACAGCUGUGCUUUUUUUUUAAAUUGUGUUUGUCGUGCCUCAUGUUAAUGAGAGAACUCAUAAAACUUGUAUGUUAACUAUAGGAAAGUGCUGAAAAUCAACCGCUCAAAUUUGAAAGCAUUUAAAUUCCACAUCACAAGUUUAUCCAAUGAACCUGCUCUCCUCUGCUACGUGUUGUUCGAGGACGUCCCUCUGUAAUAUCCCUUCCCUGACUGAUGAGCACAAUGAGACUGAGCAGAGCUCACGGUCAUGAAUUUCUACUUGUGAUAUAACUUUGCUCCUUUUAAUGCUGUUUCAUGUUUGGAUGCAUGUGUUGCUUUAAUUUUCUAGGUAUGCAAUCUGAUAAAACAUCACUGUCAUUCUGUAAGAAAAUGCUAGAGAAAAUCUAAAAGUUUAUAUACGAAUGUAACCAAGAUAAUAUUGUAAAACAAAUAAACAGUCUUUCUGUUCACAUUA